AUGGCUUCAUUUUACCUAUCCUUACUAUUGUUGUUCCUUGCUGCCCUUAUCCUUGUUUCUCAAGGGCUUGCUGAUUUAUUAGUACCUAUAUAUAAACCUCCAAUUUACACCUUCCCAAAUUACAAGCCUCCGAUUAACAAGCCUCCAAUCAUUAACCUCCCGCCAAUUUACACUUACAUACGACCGCCACAACUACCACCACCACCACCUAUUGUUUACUUUUUCGAACCACCACGACGACCACCACCUCCUCCUGUUUACUUUUUCGGAAGAAAAUCACCACCGAAAUAUAGAUCUUCAUUCCGCAAUAGCAAGGUUGAUAAGAAACCAAAACCUAAAUAUAGAUCUUCAUUCCGCAAUCGCCCAAUUGAUAAGAAACCACCAUCUAAAUAUAGAUCUUCAUUCCGCUAUCGCCCAAUUGAUAAGGAACCAUUAUACGGGGGACAGCCGCCACCAACUGUUUAUGAGCCACCAUCCAAGUAG